AUGUAUGAUGAGGUUAAGAGAGCUGCAAAUGAAGACCUGACCGAGACGGAAGCAAUUAUGAUGGAUGCUGCUGUGCAGGCCUCCCUAACAUAUGUUGCUGGAUUUAACGGAGCUAGUCCUUCUGGAAGGGGUGGCAAGGGUGGCGGUGCUGCCGGUUGUGGUGGCGGUGGACGUGGUUGUGGUGGUGGUGGUAGCGGUGGUGGCGGUGGUGGGGGCGAUGGUGGUGGAGGUGGUGGUGGUGGUCGUAGUGAUAAUAGUAGUAGUAGUUUGUUGGACACAGCUACAUCAGAAAAACAAAUAAAAAAAAGAAGGUAA